UAUUUAUAUAUAGGUAUAGAUAUGGCAGAACUUGCAAGAUACUUCAGAGGCGUUAUGCAACGUGGUGUUGGUGAGUCACUUAAGACUCUGUACUAUACUGGUGAACUCAAGUAUGGUACAAUGAUCGGUAGAGAUAUCUCUGGUAACAGGUAUGGAAGACACAGAUGGGUAGAGUUCGCCAACCCAAAGGUCCCCGAGGCAACAAUGGUCCCACCCGAGUGGCACUCAUGGCUGCACCACAUCUCAGACAAGCAUGGAAACUCCCAAGAUAUGAUUUCAUUUACACCAACAUACAAGAGAGAUCAUUUGGCGAAUCCAACCGCAACUGAUGGUGCCUACACUCCACCAAACUUUUUGUACAACAUUGAGAAGGCAAAGCAGGGAAUGGAAGAGGACAAGAAGAGC